AGUCUGUUGAGGACACAAAAGCAGCGUUGUGCCCUGGUCAUGUGAUGCCUGUUUGGAAAGCUCCGACCAUGUGAUCCUGCCUCUCAGAACGCUGAGUCGAACUUACAAACGCUGCCUCACCCUUGAGAUGUGAGCAUGAUAGAGAGAAAGCCUGAGAAAGGAAAGAUUCAGAGCUAUUAUAGAAAAAAAAGACGUAGAGAAACAGGUGUGGACGACAAAACAGGAAAUGAAAGCAAUAGUGUGCAGCAACUCUACGGUGCAGACUACGUGCACUUCUCUCAUUCGGUGCUUUCUCAUUCUUUCCCUGAUGGUGCUGUGGGGAAGGUCUUCUCUGGAGUCAGUUUUUUGGAAUGUGGAGAUUUUGCAAGGACAAGGAGUGGACCGUGGGAAUUGGAAUUUGUCUUGGAAUGGAAGGGGAACACAGUGGAAUUCCACAGCUGCACCAGGAACAAUAGUCCUGGAGUUUGCCACGGGGGGGCCAGCAGAGUGUGGGGUAUGAGUGAUGACGUCCGUGGUGCUAGUAGACAGUGGAGGAGCAGUGGUGGAGUAUGUUACUGCAGUGGAUGACCAUAUACUGGAGGAGGAUGUGUAUGAGGUUGAGGGAGAAAUUGAGGGUGAGGUGGAAGGAGAGGCGGAGUACCCUGCGGUGAUCGUGGAGCCGGUGCCCAGUGCGCGGUUGGAGCAGGGCUUCGCUGCUCAGGUUCUGGUGUACGAUGAUGAGACCUACCUGAUGCAGGGAGUGGCUGAGGAGCAGGAGGUGGAGACAGAAUCGCUGGAGACAGUGGAAGCAUCAGUUCAUGGCUCUGUACAGUGCUCAGAUAAAACCAUUGAGGCUGCUGAAGCUCUUCUGCACAUGGACUCUCCCUCCAGCUUGCGUGGAGACCGGAGCCCAGAGGCGUUUGUGCCUCCAUGUGUCAACACUUCGGAGUUCCUGCAUGCUGCCAUGCGACCUGACGUUCUGACCGAGACAGUGGUGGAGGUCAGCACAGAGGAUUCAGAGCCCAUGGAGGUGGUUACGCUUCUUCAGGAACCUGAGAUUUUGGAGACGGAACCCACUAAGAGAAGAAAAUCUGGGCGAAAACCCAAACCCCAUCACAUUUCAAAUGGAUCUCCAGAGCUGGGCAUCAAGAAGAAGUCCAGAGAAGGGAAAGGAAGUACAUACCUGUGGGAGUUCCUGUUGGACCUGCUGCAGGAUAAGAACACCUGUCCAAGAUACAUUAAGUGGACACAGAGGGAGAAGGGCAUCUUCAAGCUGGUGGACUCUAAAGCAGUGUCAAAGCUCUGGGGCAAACACAAGAACAAGCCAGACAUGAACUAUGAAACCAUGGGCAGAGCGCUCAGGUAUUACUAUCAGAGAGGUAUCUUGGCUAAAGUAGAGGGUCAAAGGUUGGUGUAUCAGUUUAAGGAAAUGCCUAAAGACAUUGUCAUCAUCGAUGACGAUAAGUGCGACCCAGGUGAUGGGGUGAUCGGAGAGAAGACCUACGAGCGUGUUCCUCCCUCAUCUGACACACUAUUGGCAGCUGACCUCUCCAAAACCCCUGCCAUCUUGAGAGGAGGCGUAAGGACUGUGGUCCAUCAGGGCUCCCCAAAAGCUAAAGCUGCAUUCAAUGCAACUCCUGUUCAGCGCAUUGUAACGGUCUCCACGUCCACCGAUCCAUCACAGCCGUCCCAUGCCACCUUUAUCCCCAAUGCCAAUGCACCCAGGACUGUGCGGGUUGCUAUGCAAGUGCCGGUCGUCAUGACAAACUCCUUAGGACAGAAGAUCUCCACUGUGGCGGUGCAGUCUGCAAACCCUUCGCUCUUCACCACAGCACCUACCAACACCGGCUCAGCAACUGGUGCGAACGCACCCAAAGUCCUAAUCCAGACCAUGCCUACGAUGGUUCCUGCCACAGCCGAGAACGGUGACAAGAUCACAGUCCAGCUCGCCAAGAUAAUCACCAUCCCCGCAACCCAGCUCACGCAGUGCCAGCUACAGACCAAACCGGGCACGCCAACAGGCAUCAAUCUGAUGGGCACCCCCCUCGCCGUCCGAGCCCUUACGCCAGUCUCUGUGGCACCAGGGACGCAGGUGGUCAGAUUGGCAGUUCCGACCCAACAGAGUCCAGCUCAGACAAAGACUCAGGUCCCCGUUUCAAUCCAGACGCAAACUCAAGUCCCAGUCUCCAUCCAGACAGCAUCUACUCCAGCGUCAGUUCCGCUUCAGAUCCAGGUUCAUCAGAGUCAGCUUUCUCCAAAAGCAAAAAGCGGAGCUCAGACCUCAGAGUUGAAACCCGACAGCACUUCGGCAAAACAGCCUGAGCAGAACAGUCCAACACAGGACACAGCAGUGGUGAUAGAAGAAGGUUCAAAACCACACUCCGAAGCAGAGAGCUGAAGAGCGCUUCGUCAGUCAUGAACUUCUAUUCCCCAGAUACUCUUCAGUUACAUUCUGGAGUACAAAUUGGAGAUUUGUUGACUUGUACAGUUUCAGUGUGGUUUCAUUUUUUUAUAUAUAUAUACAUAUAU